AUGAUCAGAAGUGGUAUUACCAUCGAAGUCCCUAGCCCAUUCCCUUACAAGAGCGAUAAGGCUGUCCCAUGGAAUUAUGAGUGUAAUAUUUUGGGCACAGCUUCAUCCGCCCCUCAAGCAUCUUCUGAAGAUCUAACUGGUGUGGGGGGUAUAACGCGAAGUGGGCGAUCUUAUUCCCCUGAGAUAGUAGAAAGAGUUGGAAAAGGGAAACCAGCACAGGGAGAGGGAGGCCUAAAGAAAGCAGAUACCUUUUCCAAGGACCAAGUUGAUGAAUCUGUAGUUGCUCCGAACAAUGAGAUCAAAAAUCCUGUUACCAAGAAAGAAGCGGGUGAAUUUCUCAAGUUUAUCAAACACAGUGAAUACAACGUGGUAGAACAAUUAACCAAGACGCCUGCUCGCAUCUCGCUAUUGUCCUUACUGUUGAAUUCGGAAGCACACAGGAACGCACUGCUCAAAGUCUUGAACCAAGCUUAUGUGGCACAAGAUAUAUCAGUGGAAAAGUUAGACCACAUCGUGGGGAACUUCAUUGCCUUUAAUGAUGAAGAAAUACCAUCGGGUGGUCGAGGAAGUAACAAAGCGCUGCACAUUACCAUCAAAUGCAAGGACCACGCCGUACCUAGGGUCUUGGUCGAUAAUGGUUUAGCUUUAAAUGUCAUGCCUCGCUCUACUUUAACCAAGUUGCCAGUAGAUGUGUCGUAUAUGAGAACCAGUCGCAUGGUUGUCCAAUUUCAAGUCAUGGACAUUGCCCCGUCAUACAAUUGCUUGUUAGGGCGUCCAUGGAUUCAUAUGGCUGGGGUCAUACCAUCUUCCCUUCAUCAAAAAGUUAAAUUCAUAGCUGAAGGCCAACUGAUAAGUGUAUGUGCGGAGGAAGACAUACUGGCUAUUCAACCAUCAUCUGCUCCCUAUGUAGAAGCAACAGAAGAAGUCCCAGAGUGCUCUUUCAGAUCUUUUGAAUUUGUUAAUGCUACUUAUGUGGGGGAAAAAAAAGUGAUACCGACCCCUCGUUUGUCAGUAGCCACUAAAAUGGGAGUUAAGCAGACUGUGGGUAAAGGAUGUCGUGCUGGUUUGGGGUUAGGAAAGAAUUUACAAGGAAUUAACCGUCAUCUGGCUCCAAUGAAGAAUGAAGAAAGGUUUGGUUUGGGGUACAAGCCUACCAAAGAAGAGAGAAGGAAACUGACAGCUCAAAAGAAGAUUAAAAGGAUGGCUCAACUUGAGGGAAAAGAAGAAGAAUUCGGGGAGCAGACAAUCCCACACCUAUAUGAGAUUUUUCGCUUUGUAGGUUUCAUUCAUCCCGAAGCACCACCAAAGGUCAAUCAAGUUCUACGGAUAUUUGAUGAGCUAUCAAUCCAUAUGAUCGGAGAUGAAGAACCUCACGAGAAUAUCCCUGUGGUGUAUCCAGUACUGCCAGGAGAGGAGCUAAGCAAUUGGACAGCCACGGAAUUACCCAUCAUCUUUAAGUCUUCCAAAAUGUAA